AGGGGCGGAAGCUCUCCUUGUGAUAAUCAAAUGCCGAAGGUGGGGAAGGUCGAGCAGCGUCUACUACAUACUUACUGUCAACCUCAAUUCGGAUUUCGGAAUGCCACCCCCUGCUCGACGUUGGGGAUGGCUGCUGGCGGGAUGAUGACCGUUGAUGGCGAUCUCCGUUACCCCUUCUCGUCCGAGUUCAUGCCGACCUUGUGCUUCCAUCCUUGUGGCACUAGGUAAACGGGCCUGGCAAGCUGCCGGCCCCCGGGCCACCUACACGAACGUCCUCCGCACCUGCUGACUGGAUGCCGAAUUCUACCCAAUCCCGGAACCCAGAGUACAUCUCGUCUCACCUUAACAAGGACUGAUCCAUCCAUCUCUCGCAGAGAGAGCUGUAGUUCAUUUGAAGCUCCGUUUAGUACCUUAUCACAGCUCUCCAAAGCUCACCAACAAGUCGCCAAUAACGUCACAUCAAGCUCAAAAUCCAAGCUCAAAGUUCGAUUUCAGCCAUGGCCACCAAGGCACCGAGAGGCACCAUCGCCAUUGAAGAAGCGGUGCUCAACCCAGCCGGCCUCUCCUGGAUAGCCGAAUCAGCACCUCUCUUCAACCCAGGCCAAGCAAUAUCCUCCCUCUCCCCCUCCUCUUCCUCUCCAUCUUCCAGCGACACACCCAAACACUCCCUAAACAGGCUUCUCCUCGACAUCCACAACACCCGGCUCGCUCAGAUGGACGACCACGGCGUAGAGUACAUGCUGCUCUCGCUAACCUCGCCCGGCGCCCAAGGCGAGCCCGACGCAGCCAAGGCGCGCGCCCUAGCCGCCGAAGCAAACGACUGGCUCGCCGGCGAGGUGGCCCAGAACCCGGCGCGGUUCGGCGCCUUGGCGGCCGUGUCGAUGCACAAUGCCGAGGACGCGGCUGCCGAGGCGACGAGGGCGGUCAGGGAGCUGGGCAUGUUUGGCGUCAUGGUCAAUGAUUACCAGGUGGUUUCCGAAGGGGGAGAUGUCGAGGGGAAGAAGUAUUAUGAUGCGGCCGAGUUCAGGCCGUUUUGGAAGGCUGUUGAGGAAUUAGGUGUGCCUGUGUACAUGCACCCGCGGUAUCCGCCGGCGAGGGAUUUGGUCACGGGGACGAGGUACGGGGAGAGAAAGCAGAUUCUUGGUGCGGCGGUGCAGUUCCAUUUGGAUCUGAGCAUGCAUCUGUAUGCGCUCUGCUCCAGCGGGGUGUUUGAUGAGUUCCCUGGUUUGCAGGUUGUAGUCGGGCAUCUGGGCGAGGGAAUUCCGUUCAAUCUGUGGCGGGCGGAUCACUGGUACAACAAGCCGGUCAAGAAAGCGACGAGGCCGUCCAAGGAGGACUACAGCUACUACUUCACCCACAACAUCUCCAUCACGACGUCUGGCAACUUCAACACGGCUGGUCUGAAGUUCUGUAUCGAUCAGCUGGGCGCCGAGCGCUGCUUCUAUUCAAUCGAUUAUCCGUAUGAUACCAUCGGCGAGGCUCAGGCGUGGUGGCGCACCGUCGAUCUGCCAGAGGAUCAGAAGAGAGUGAUAGGCCGGGAGAACGCCAUUAGGUUGUUCAAGCUGCCGCUAGAGAUCUAGAAGUCUAGGGUAUGGAUCGAGGAGCUGUUCUGUGGUGGAAACAUCGCUGAGUGUCUCGGUUGCCUACAAUAUUCUAUGGUCAUUGAAUUCCAUAGUUGCCUCAUUCUGAAAGUGCGAAUUCUACUCCGAUUUCAGGG